AAGAUUAAAAAAAUGAAUAAAUAAAAAGGCUGGUCAAAUAAAAAGAGAACAACCUUGGGAUCAAAUCUCAAUCCUAACUUGGCAAGUGGCUUUCAAGGGAGAUAUUACACCUUACCCAACACACUCAGAAUAGGAAACUAAAUUAAGAGGCCACAUAUGAACAUGCCAGAACACUUUCCAUGAUAAGAAGCCCCAGUUGAUCAUCCAAAUGCACUUCUUAAAGCUCUAGAGAGAGAGAGAGAGAGAGAGAGAGAGAGAGAGAGAUGCAAGAAUGGGUAGGACUGGGAAAUGGCUCAGAAGCAUCUUCUUGACAGGAAAGAAAGAGAGAGACAGAGAGAAAGUGCAGCAGCAGCAGCAGCAGCAGCAGCAGGACAAGGAGAAGGAGAACUUUGACGGCAUACAUCCAUCAUCUUCAUUGCCAGCCACCAAAGAGAAGCGCAGAUGGAGCUUCCGCCGCCCCGCGAUGACGUCAGUGUCAGCGGUGGCGGGAGCGGCAGAUGUUGCCGCUCUUGGGAUUGCGGAUUUGGAGGAUGAGCACAGACGGCAUGCGAUGGCGGCGGUGGCAGCGGCAGCGGAUGCCGCUGUGGCGGCAGCGCAGGCUGCAGCCGCCGUGAUUUGUCUGACUGCCAACGCCGCUGCCACCGCCAGCAGAAGAAGAAGCAGCAGCGCCGUCGAGGAGGCGGCGGCUGUCAGGAUUCAGUCUUCUUUCCGGUCUUAUUUGGCGAGGAAAGCGUUGUGCGCAUUGAGAGGCCUAGUAAAGCUUCAAGCCCUAGUGAGAGGGCACUUGGUGCGAAGACAAGCCGCCGCCGCACUUCGGUGCAUGGAGGCAUUGGCCGCGGUUCAAGCCCGAGCCCGAGCCCAACGCAUCCAAAUGCUCGAACGCGAAAAAACCGGCUCUCAAAUCCAAUCCACCUACCGAAGAUCCCCGAUUCAUCCGCGACACCGCCCAUCACUUGACAUGGAUAGGAAUGCAGAGGAGAACAUCAAAAUCGUCGAGAUGGAUCGAGUCAGGUCGAAGAGCAGGAAUAGCCAUUCCACAGAGAAUAAGUUGUCAGGAUCUGGGCAUCAGAGAAAGCCUUCUAAGAGUGAUAUCCACCUACAAAUUUCACCAACUCCCUCAGCUUUAACUGAUCUGAGCCCCAGAACAUACAGUGGCCACUUUGAAGAGUUUUCCUUCAACACUGCACAGAGUAGCCCCUUUCACUUUGCAAACUCUGAUGAUGCAGCAAACUCAUGCAAUGAGAACCAGUUGACGUGCCCGAAUUACAUGGCGAACACGGAGUCCUCGAGGGCGAAGGCUCGGUCGCAGAGCGCGCCAAAGCAGCGGCCCAGCUCGUGCGAGAGACCACCGAGCAGGCCGAGGAGGGCGUCGAUGGAAGGGCGGGGGAUCCCGAGAGGGAAUACAAUGCAGAGAUGCUCGUCUCACCUGGGCUCGUCGGUGAACGAUAACUUGUUUCAGUACCCGUGGCCGAUCAUGCUCGAUAAAUCGAAUAUGUCGAUCAAGGACAGCGAGUGCGAUUCGACGAGCACGGCUUUGACUUACGCCACAUGCUGCAGGUCUCCAUAUGGACAUGAGGUUCCUGAGAAGAGAUAGACUGUGGAUGUGUUUCUCUCAACCUUGACUGAAAUUAGUGGGAAUUUUUUUUGCAUUGUUUAGAAGUUCAAAUCAUGAAGAGUUUUCUUUUAUGUGAAAAAAAAUUGUGGUAGAUAAUCUGAGUGUGAUUUGGAAACCAAAUGUUUCAGAAUGUGGUUUCCAUUUGGUAUGUGUUUUUUUUUUUUUUUUUUUAGUUUUUUGGCCCCCUUACAUUGCUUGGAGAUGCAUAACAUAUAUUAAGUAGCUCAUUAGUAAUUAGAGCUGAUGUUAUCAUUUUGGCCUCCCUUGGAAAAAUGAUGUAAGUAGUAGUUGUUGAUUACUUAUUAACAAUAACAACUAUGAAGUAUAUGUUAGACAAAGAUUACUUUGCUUGCU